AAACUGAAAAGGAACAGCGAGUAAAGUGGGUGAAACCAUUCAGGAGAAGUGCAGAAUGAAGUUUCUUCCAUUGAUCCUGGUUCUGCAGGUCACUGCUGUUGGAGCUGUUCCCCUGAAUGAUUUAAGCCCUGAAGAAAAUCAUGUGGUAUUUGCUCAGAAGUUCUUGGGAAAGUUUUAUGGGCUGACGAUAGAAACAACGCCAAUGACAAAAAUUAAAGUCAAUGGGCACUCCAUGGAGGAUAAAAUUCAGGAAAUGCAGCAGUUCUUGGGGCUAAAUGUGACUGGACAACUGGACGCACCCACUCUGGACAUGAUGCACAAACCUCGAUGCGGAGUGCCCGAUGUUCAUAAUUUCAUGUUCAUGCCAGGGAGACCAGUAUGGAAGAAACAUUUUCUCACCUACAGAAUCAACAAUUACACCCCUGACAUGAGGCCUAAGGAUGUUGACUACGCCAUCCAGAAAGCUUUUCAAGCAUGGAGUAAUGUGACCCCCCUGAAAUUCAGAAAGAUUAAUGCAGGCGAGGCUGACAUCAUGAUAAAAUUUGCACUUGGAGAGCAUGGAGACUUCAAUUCUUUUGAUGGCCAAGGGGGAGUCCUAGCUCAUGCUUUUGCACCUGGACCUGGUAUUGGUGGAGAUGCACAUUUUGAUGAGGCUGAAAUCUGGACUAAAAACAACAAAGGCACAAACUUGUUCCUAGUUGCUCUUCAUGAGCUUGGCCAUUCCUUGGGUCUUGGCCAUUCCAAUGAUCCAACAGCCAUAAUGUUCCCGUAUAUUAACUACAACUCAUUUCAUCUCUCUGCUGAUGACAUACGUGGCAUUCAGUCUCUCUAUGGACCCCCAGAAAAACAUCAACCCUCGUCAAAUCCUGACAGUUCAGACCCAGCUACUUGUGACCCCAAUUUGAGUUUUGAUGCUGUCACUACAGUGAGAGAUAAAAUAUUUUUCUUUAAAGACAGGUUCUUCUGGUGGAAGCAUCCUGAGCGUCCAGAGAGGAGCGUUAGUUUAAUUUCUUCUUUAGGUCCAAACUUACCAUCUGGUAUUCAAGCUGCUUAUGAAAUUGGAUUCAGAAAUCAUGUUUUUCUUUUUAAAGAUGAUAAAUACUGGUUAAUCAGCAACUUGAAACCACAGUUAAACUAUCCCAAGAGCAUAUAUACUUUGGGCUUCCCUUACUCUGUGAAAAAAAUUGAUGCUGCUGUUUUUAACCCCCGUAUCUAUAAGACCUACUUUUUUGUAGAUAACCAGUUUUGGAGGUAUGAUGAGAGGAGGCACUUCAUGGACCCCGGCUAUCCCAAAUCGAUUACCACAUAUUUCCCAGGAAUUGGGCCUACAAUUGAUGCAGUCUUCUAUUACAACAAACAUUACUAUUUCUUCCAAGGACCUGAUGUGCUUGAAUAUGAUGUCCUAUUCCAUCGUGUCACCAGAAGGCUAAAAAGCUACACGCAGUUUGGUUGUUAGGAAUGAUAUAAUGAGUGAUGUUUGUCAACUUCAGUUCAAAAAGCACUUACUGCAUACUUCCUAUAUGCCCAGUGCAUUGCCUGGUGAUAUGUUAUCAUAAAAUAAGGUAAAAUCUACAGGCCACAGAUAAGUGAUUACAUAGAUAAAUGAUUAUACAAAAUACAUAAUAAGAUUCUUCAAUUUCGAAAACCCUCAUUGUCAAUUUUUACUGGACUCAACUACUAAGUUUGAAAAGAGACACCUUCAAAGGUCAAGAGAACAUCCUGUUUCCUCACAUCUUUGAACAGUGAAAUUAUAAUUAUUUCUUUGCCUUAACUAAAUCAAAAAAUGAUUCAUUUAUAUAACCAUUAAAUGUUUCAGCAAGGGUAUCAUUUUAACUAUUUCAGAGUAAAUACUUAGAAUUUUUUAAAUGAUAAAAUAAGUAAUACAUAAGUAAAUUAUAUAAUUAUGGUAAUAAUGUAACUUCGUUCUGUUGUCAGUGUUGAUUUUUCUAAUAUCUUAUAUAAUAUAUAUUUUGCUCAAAUAAAAACUUU